CAAGAGUCCUCCUAUAAAUAAAACAUUAUAGACAUUUUUUUCACAAGAAAAUUAAUAGUAAGAAAGAGAAUAAUUAAGAUGACAAAAGCUUUUAUGAUUUUUGUUCUUGUGGUGGUACUAGCAACAUCGUUGUCCAACUCCAACGUUUUGGCCUCAUCGGUGAACAAUCGAUUUGGAUAUGAUUAUUGCAUAAAACCAUGUUCAACAUAUUUUUCAAAUGAAUUUUGCUAUAAAGUGUGUACACAAGAUGGAUAUUAUUCAGAUGGAGGAUGUAUAGGUUUCAUACAAGAUCAACAAUGUUGUUGCAAAAAAUGUUAGAAAUCGAUUAUCUAUUUAGUAAUUUAGCGGUUGAAUAUUAACUUGUUUGUUUUUGAUGAAAUAAAACUUAUCUUACUAUAUUAUCGCUUUUAUAUUAGAAUUCACAUAUACACAGAUUUAUAAUAAUAAAUUUCAAA